UCCUAUUCAUCCCUUUUUCUUCUCCCUUCUGUCUUUGUAACUUAGCUUAUUAACAUCCAUGACAGCAAAUAACGUAUUUCAGCUAAACACUGGUCAAACUAUUCCCGCCAUUGGCCUUGGGACGUGGCAGUCGAAGCCAAACGAAGUAUAUCAUGCUGUUCUAGCAGCACUUGAAUCUGGCUACCGGCACAUUGAUACAGCUUACGUUUAUCGAAACGAAAAGCAAGUCGGUCAAGCCAUCAAGGACAGUGGUAUUCCGCGAGAUCAAUUGUUCAUUACGACCAAACUGUGGAAUACGAGUCAUCGGCCUGAGCUGGUGGCCUCCGCUUUGGAACAAUCCUUGGACAACCUUCAGCUCGAUUACAUCGACUUGUAUCUGAUGCAUUGGCCGAUUGCCUUCCAACCUUCUGAACGCAUGGUACCCAAGGACGAGAACGGUGAGAUUGCUUUGGAUUCAGUGGAUUUCUGUGCAACCUAUGCUGCGAUGGAAAAACUGGACAAGAAGAAAGUACGCGCCAUCGGAGUCAGCAAUUUCAGUAUCCCGAAUCUUCAAAAGUUGCUUGCCACUGCGAAAAUCAUUCCUGCCGUCAAUCAGGUGGAAUUGCAUCCGUAUCUUCCUCAAAAAGAGCUCCUGAAGUUUUGUCACGAAGAAAACAUUCACGUGACGGCGUACUCGCCACUGGGCAGUACCGACUCUCCUCUCAUUCAAGAACCUAUUGUUUUGGAAGUGGCAAACAAGUACAACACAACGCCUGCUCAAGUUCUGAUUUCAUGGGGUAUCCAGCGAAAGUGUUCGGUUAUUCCAAAAUCGGUAACCCCAUCCCGCAUCAAGCAAAACAAGGAGACAAUCCAGCUUGAACUGUCCGACAUUCAACGGUUAGAUCAAUUGAGCCAAUCGGAACAUGCAAGACGACUGGUCGAUCCGUCACCUUUUUGGAAGAGCGAUAUUUUCCAUUCGAAAUUAUGAUGAAACCAUACGUAGCUGAAACGAAGCAACAAAAUAAAUGAUAUUGUAUAUGAAGACGUUGCUUUACAAAGCAUGGAAAUUUCAAGCAGUUUGGAGGUUCC